AUGGACGAACAACUUGAAAGCUCGCAGCUUGCCAUCGACUCUCAGAUUCGGCACCACGCAAAAGAAAUCAUCCGACUGGAAGCCUUUCAUAUAGCACGAAUACGCGAUCUGAAGACACAGCGAAACACGUUUGCAAAAAUAUGCCGUUUGCCCAUAGAAGUCCUCUGCAGUAUAUUUAUGCAACUUAAGUGGGCGCUCGAGGCCGAACACAACCGCAGGUACCACUUGAAAUGGAUCGUCGUCUCCCACAUCUGCCGGCACUGGAGAGAGGCGGCCCUGCGGUUUCCGCAGCUUUGGUCGUCGAGUAUCAGCACGGCCUUUGGCCACCAGUGGAUACGACUCAUGUGCGAAAGGUCGGGAGGGGCGCCCCUGUCAGUAAACAUCGACGUCGCGCUUUCAAGAAUACGGAGAGACAAGUUUGCCACUGUAUUGGGGGAAAUACUCGCGAAAAGCUCGCAGUUCGCUCGCCUUUCCGUCAGGCUCUACGAUAGCGACCUCCAGACCCACCUCCCGAGCUUGACGGCACCAGCGCCUCUUCUAGAAACGCUUUCCAUCACAAAGAUGAACCAGUCGGCCUUCCGAGUCAGUCCCUCGCUCCCGGCUAUACCACACGAUCUCUUCGGCAACGAAACACCACGCUUGAAACACCUUCAUUUGUCGGGUUGCUACCUGCCUCUAAACUCGCAGCUUUUCUCCGGCUUGACAUCGCUGAAGGUCGAGUUCUGCGAUUCAGCACUUGAUCGCCCGCAUCCCCUCCAGGACGUGCUUUCUGCCCUGUCGAGAAUGCCCGACCUCGUCCAUCUGCACGUCACUGACAUUCGAAUUACCGGAUCUUGUCAGCAAACAGUGUCCCUGCCGCACCUCGAGAAGUUACGGUUGUCCUUCUCUGCUUUAAAUGUCUCCCAGCUCCUUUGUCGCCUUCAGUUGCCAGCAUCGGUCAAAGCAAACAUUACCUUCCGUGAGGUGGAACCAUCGCACCGGCACUCUGUCCUCGAAGCGAUUCAUACCUUCAAAUCCCGACAUUCCGACCCUGAUAACCCAAUCCGUAUCAAGUCCUGUUGGGUCCGAUACAAAGAAAACAACAUCUUUUUCGUGGGGACGACGUCGGUGUCACACGAAAGCUAUCUCUGCGACGACACAGACCCUCCCGGCUCCAGUCAACUCCAAUUGGAAAUACUCCAGACGCGUCACAGGUCACUCUGCGCCACGGACCUGGCCUCAGCGCUCUCACUGGGCCACGUGGAAAAGCUACACUUGCUGGGGGACAUCGACCCUACGCAAGAACGUUCGAUACUCUUGGCCUUCCCUUCCACCCGGACCUUGAACGUCGCGAAACUGCAACGGGAGAAUCUCAUCAUAGAAUGCCUCAAGACCGAUCCAGCGUUUUCCACUCCGCCAUCGGUAUCGUCAGAUUGCGCCCGGGUGACCUACUUCCCACUCCUCGAGCGGGCUUCAUUUGCGUGUAUCGACAAUCCCAGCGACUUUGUGGAUGCUUGGGCGCUUCGAGCUGCGAAUGGAUCGCGGCUCAAGGUGUUGGACCUCCGAUAUUGCAGGGGUACGACUACCAGGGACGAGGGUCUGAUAUCCAAGCUGAGGGAAGUGGUGGACGAGGUGUUGGUGUCUAAUCACCACUACGCGCUGCCAUGGGAGACUCUACCUGCGGCUUGGUAA